AUGGAGAUAUCCAAUGUGAUGCUUCUUGUAGCGGUGGUGACAGCUUAUUGGCUAUAGUUCAAGAGGAUCUCACGCUGGUUAAAGGGUCCGCGUGUCUGGCCCCUACUCGGUAGUCUUCCUGGUCUGAUUGAGCAACGUGACAGAAUGCAUGAAUGGAUCACCGAGAACCUCCGUGCGUGCGGCGGCACUUAUCAGACCUGUAUCUUCGCAGUGCCUUUCUUGGCUAAGAAGCAAGGUCUGGUGACUGUCACGUGCGACCCUAAGAACCUCGAACACAUGCUCAAGACCCGGUUUGAUAACUACCCCAAAGGUCCUACAUGGCAAUCCGUCUUCCACGACCUUCUCGGUCAAGGUAUUUUCAACUCCGACGGUGACACCUGGCUCUUCCAACGCAAAACCGCCGCUCUCGAAUUCACUACAAGGCAAUUGAGGCAAGCCAUGGGUAGGUGGGUAAACCGAGGAAUUAAGCUCCGGUUCUGUCCAAUCCUUGAAACGGCUCAAGCCAAAUCAUAACCGGUUGAUCUCCAAGACUUAAUACUACGGCUCACCCUCCUAAUCUAUACGUUCGACAACAUUUGCGGACUGGCGUUCGGUAAGGACACCAGAACCUGCGCACCCGGACUUCCCGAGAACGGCUUUGCCUUGGCCUUCGACCGAGCCACCGAAGCCUCGCUCCAACGGUUUAUCAUACCGGAGUUUAUGUGGAAGCUGAAGAAAUGGCUAGGGCUCGGUUUAGAAGUCAGCUUGAGCCGAAGCUUAGAGGAAAUCGACGAAUAUCUAGCGGCUGUUAUAAAUACACGUAAGCAGGAACUGAUGAGUCAGCAAGAAAGUGGAACCCACCAGAGACACGACGACCUCCUCUCCCGUUUCAUGAUGAAGAAGACCGAAUCAUAAAGCGACACGUUUCUCCAACACUUGGCGCUUAACUUUAUCCUAGCUGGACGUGACACGUCAUCAGUUGCUCUGAGCUGGUUCUUCUGGCUAGUCACGACGCAUCCAGCGGUCGAGGAUAACAUAGUCCGCGAGAUCUGCUCCGUUCUGAUCGAGACACGUGGUACCGACGACGUCGCUUCGUGGACCGAGGAGCCUCUAGGAUUCGACGAGAACGACCGUUUGGUAUACCUAAAAGCGGCGAUCUCGGAGACGCUCAGACUCUACCCGUCGGUGCCUGAAGAUUCGAAGCAUGUCGAGAACGACGACGUCUUACCGGACGUGACUUUUGUUCCGGCGGGAUCAUCGGUGACGUAUUCGAUAUACGCGGCGGAGAGGAUGAAAUCGACUUGGGGAGAAGAUUGCCUCGAGUUUAAGCCGGAGAGAUGGAUCUCUUCGAUGGACGACAAAUUUAUCAGUCACGAUCAAUACAGGUUCGUGGCGUUCAACGCUGGACCAAGAAUAUGCUUGGGAAAAGAUCUGGCGUAUCUCCAGAUGAAAACAAUAGCGGCGGCGGUGCUUCUCCGUCACCGGCUUACGGUGGUUCCGGGACAUAAAGUGGAGCAGAAGAUGUCGUUGACGCUUUUUAUGAAGAACGGGCUUCUGGUGAAUCUGCAUAAGAGACAUCUCCAAGGGAUCAUCAAGAGUCUCUUGAUGGUGAAGAAGAGCAACGGUGUUUCUAACGGUAAAUGUAACGGCGUUAUUGGUGAGAGCGUCGCCGUUUACUUAAACACGGGAGUUGCGAUGGUUUAA